UCCUUCUGCCUCUGUACCCCAGAGAGAGAACCGACCGCCGUCGACCUGCUGGUAGCCGUGCCAUCUCCGGUGAUUACCGAUUUCAGCGCCCGCUGAGAAGCACUCUGGGCACAGCUCGAUAUCAGGGCACUCGGUGCAGCGAAGCCGCAGGUUUGUAACAUCUGCAAGGCAGUUAACGCAGUACUUCUUCCCCAAGUCGGCCAUCUUGCCUGGCGUCUGCUUCUUGUUGUUGGAGGCAAUCCUUCGCGCCUGCGUACAGCGAGCCUCGCAGCGCGAGCUACUCACAUCCUGCUCAUAAAUAUUAAUGAGAAUGGGUCAGGGCUCCUGUGAUUGGCUCUUCUGCUUAGUUUCCAGGGCAACCGAAACAAAACGAACAGUUUCAUUGACCACAGAACUGCACGAGCCUUACCUCUGUAUACAAAGUAAAUAUUAUUAAAAAUGGACAAAGAGGCGGGAGAGGGAGAAAAUAAGGUAAGAAUUCACAGUGACAGAGACACAGAGGAGAAUUUUAUUUCUGUUAGUGGGGAUAAAAAUGAAGCUGUCUCAGCUGAAAUGCCCACAUCAGACCCUGAAGAAAAGCACUGUGAUAGCGGGAAAGUCACAGAAGAGUUCUCAGCUGAAGAGGCCGCCACUUUUGAACCAGAAGCCAAAAGUGAAGAUGAGCUCUGCACUGAGUUUGAUGUGAUGAUUAAAGUCAAAGAACAGCCACUGUGCCACGAAGAAAUUGUGGUUUCUGAGACGAACAGCACUUACCACGAUGACGCUCUGAAGCUACAUCCUGAGACUCAGGACACGGAGAUCUCCAGCCCUCUACACCACGAAGAUGAAGAGGCUGAAAAAGAGGGAGCCACAUCUGCAUGUGCACAAAAACUAAACAUAAAGUACAAAGAAUACAGACAGCUCCUCCAGGAGCUGUGCAAGGAGCGAGAUAAGGCCAGGCAUAACAGCAGCCAGCUGCAGAUGAAACUGGCACAAUACUUCAAGAAGGCUGGGGACAGUGUCCAGCUGGAGGGCGAGAAGCCUGUGUCAGAGCAGCUGCAGGAGUACGAGAGGUACAUCAACACCCUGACUGACCUGAAGCAGCAGCUCCGGGCUGAAUCAGAGGCAGCCCAGCGUCAGGCAGAGGACCUGAGGCUACAGUCCCAGGAGCAGCUGGGCAAGAUGGAAGAUGAAUGGCGAGCACUGAUGGCACUGAAACAGGAUACAGCUGUGAAGAUGCUAAGCAGACGCCUGGGUAAAGAAGCAGCUCGGGCCAAAGCGGAGGCGUCUCUGCGAGCUGAACAGCUUCGGCAGGACGAGCUGAUCAAACUGCGGCUGAAGCACAUCAAGUUGAAUAUGAAGAUUUGCAAGCUGGAGGCAGAGCUCCGCCGUGGGGAAGAACAUGACAGGGACCCCACACAGAUCCAGUUUGAGCAGCUGCAGGCUGAGAAGCUAGAGCAGAAAAAACAAGCCGAAAAGCAGCACGAGGGAUCAGUAAAGCUGCAGAAGAAGAUCAGCAGUAGCUUGGAGUGCCUGUCACAUAUAAAGGAGAAGCUGCGCUGGUGCCAGAUGGAGGUCAAGGUGAAGAGAGAGCAACUGACUGAGGUGGAGACCGUGGUGGCUGGGAAGAGGGACCACCUAACCAGGGUCAAGCAAGAAAACAGUCGCCUGCACAGACAAAACCUGAGGUUGAAGGAGCAGCGUGGGCUGCUGGGCAACAGGGUCCUGCUGCAGGACUUUGAGGAUACUGUGAAUGCCUCUGACCAACUGGAGGAACAACUAGAACAUCUGAAGUGCCGGCAAGCCGAGAUCCUCUUCAGCUGUGGCGGGUGGAAGAGUCAAUAAUGACUAAAACUUUAUCUCAGGUUUCAAAAAGCUAUGAAAAAAAUGAGAAAAGAACACAUGUAGCUGACAAGGAGCUACCAGAAUGAGCACUUGCCCUUACAGUUUGAUUCAGUGUAGAGUCGCCAAAGUGCUUGCUCA